CCCAUUGUAUACCCUAUUAAUAACAAACUUUACAGACAAUGAAAGACAAAAUUGUUGGAUUUGAGGAUCUCACAGUGGAGGCUAUGAAGAGUUCUGUCAUUCCUGAUUUGUUGAUAUGUUCCAUGUAGUCUUAGGUAUGACCAUUUAAUUAUAGCAGGCAGGUGAGACUAUCUUAGGAGAGCACGUACAAGAUGUGUUUCAGGUAUGGAGAUGACUCCGCAUCAUGUUAUUAAAUUAAGGUGAGUUUCAUCUAUAUCAUUGCCCCAUGCCUUGAAAAGUUCUAAUCUGGCCCUCAUUUGUAAAACAAUUUUUUUCCAGUUUUUUCCACGUAAAUGCAAUUAAAACUGGAAUGCCCAGGAUUAUAAUGGUGCCUGUUAAUAGAUGAUAUAUAUGCAAAUACAUAAAGAGGAAAUUUUAGUGAGUUUCAUUGUUUUAUGCUCCUGUUCUCAUUGAAAGUGUCGAAACUUUACAGAUCUGCUGACAAAACUGUGUGUGUGCGUGCGUGCGAGCAAGACACAUCAGGAGUUAAUACUGCAUCUUCAUAAGGAGUAACAGCAAGACAGGGCAAUUAGGAAUUAUGUGGAAGUGGUCACAGUCUCGUAUAAAGAACGUUCCUAUGAAGAAUGCUAUCUUAUAAUGCUCUGUAGUCUGGUAUGCAACAGAAAGUGCCCUGACAAUGCCCUGUCUUCAUAAUUAGGUUGAAGAGUAAGCCAAGCAAGAUAUCAGCAAGAAGCAGGCUGUAAUUGCUUGUUGGUUUUUUGCUUUGCAUACUUUGACCCUGAAGAUGGAGCCAAGAUGUUUGUAACAUCAAUUGCUUAUUACGGGGUUAUGUUGAUUGACAUACCAGUAGGUAUAGGUCACAGAUGUAUAGGUAGUUACUACUGUGGGAGCCUCACAUCCAGCAACAAUUCAAAAUUACCAUGGUGGGGCUUGGGGAUAUGGAGAAUGGCUUUGUCAUAAUGAGUCCUAAGGGUGUAACCUUAUGUUUAUUGUGCGACGUGUUUCUGAUACUUAGUCCAUUUUUGAUAUCAAGACUGAUAGAAAUGCUUUUCGACAAAUUUUAUUAGUGUACAAUUUUGAUCGUAGAUUUAUAUCUUGUUUUAAAUUCUACGUAAUUUUAAAUGAAUUUAUAAUCGAAGCUGAGGUAUAUUAUGUAACAGCGGUUGCCUGCUUGACCGAACAUGCCAUGCGCUUGAAGCAAAAUCUGAGUGGGCUAUGACCGCUAUGACGACGACGACCACCGGCUUUUGUGUUUCCUAUUCUUCAUGUUGCAGUGAUACCGAGCGGCCUAAGUACCACAUUUUGGAGAAGGUGGCCAUUUCUUUUGUACCUAAUAGAAAGAUAAAAGAACUACUACAAACAAAAAGAAUCUUAGUUGCUCAAUGCAGGAGGGCCGCACCCUGGUGGCUGAAUCACUAAGUGACAUCAAGAAGCGUUAUGAAGAUACAUCCCUUGUCAUUUUCAAGGAACAACAGCAAAAUAAACACCUUACAAACUUCCUGACAUUUGGCACAAGUCGUCGAAGUUAUGAAUACAGUAACAAUGGCAACAGUUCAGUCAUAGUUCGCAAGCCAGACGAAUCACUACUUUCUGACCAGAAACUCAUCGAGUCCCAAGUAUUGAUGAAAGAAACAUCAGUGUGAUAAUAAAUAUUCUGUUCACCAUGAAUCCAAGUGAAUGUGAGAUGACUAUACACAGUUUACCUGGCAAUGUCAAGAUAAACACAUGGUGUAAACUUAAUCCAUCUGGGGAAUUGCCAGAUUCACGUGUUGGACACACUGGCCUUUAUAACAAAACAGACCAUAAGGUGAUCAUUAUUGGUGGUGCAACACCUCAUUCUUUAUAUAAUGAGGUUUGGAUUCUUAACUUGCAAAAUUUAACAUGCAGUCAGCUUGAGGUCUUAGGCGAGUUUGAGGCUCGCUAUGAACACUGUGCCUUCUUUCCAAUAAAAGUAGUCAGUUCUGAAGCUAGACAAGAUGUAGCUAAAACAACAGAGACAGAGAAAACAUAUGAUUAUUCAGGACUGUGGAUAUUUGCUGGCGCCAAUACUGAAGAAAAUAAAAAUGACUUAUGGGAGCUGAACUUUGAGAGUCAGCAGUGGAUCCAGUUGUCACAGACUGGAGAAAUCCCAUCACCACGGACAUAUCACACAACUUCUGCAUUUCUGGGUGAUAAAUUUGUCAUAUUUAGUGGGGGAGCCAAGGGAGUAGAAGCAGUAACCGAUAGUCAGACUUACCAGCUAGAUAUGCUUACCAGGGAAUGGAGUAUCUUUCCUACUAAGGGACAGCCACCUAUAUCUCGACAAGGUCACGUUCUUGUUGCUGUUGAUGAUAAGUUAUGGUGUCAUGGUGGUAUGAUGGGAAUAGAUCUUUACGAUGACCUGCACAUACUGGAUAGUGAUGGGAUGUGGACAUCUGUUGAUUGCAAGCAUCGGCCAAGCGGACGUGCAGCACAUGGAGCUGUGUGUCAUGAGAGAUUCAUCUACAUUUUUGGAGGUCUUGGUAAUUCUGGCGCUCUAAAUGACAUGUGGAGGCUCCAUGCAGACAAAUUGGUAUGGGAGGAGAUCACCAUGGGAGGUUUGGUGCCUCCAAGGAGACUGGAUUUUACUCUAGUGUUAAUAGAACUUCCUCACAAAUUUGAGAAGAAGGCACAAGAUCCAAGCCAUGGUGACAGUAAAGCUGAACAAAAAGAAAGUGUAACAAAAGAAGAAACUGCGAUCAAGAAAUCAACCAACAGAACUGAGUCAUAUGUUCCUUAUAUUUUGCUGCAUGGAGCAUCGAAUAAGAUGGUGACUGUAAGUGAAGAUGUGGGAAAGAUUGUGGAAAGAAGUAGUCAUGGAACAUUUCAGGUAAUAUCUAAACCUUUUCCAUGAGGAACUGAGGUAAAUCAUGGGCAACCUCAGCCAAGAAUUCUGUCUGCAGGCUGAGAACUGCUCACAGAAGCUCCUGAAUACAAAAUAGAAUGCUGUCAGCUAUGCUUGAGUGUUCAAUCAGUAAAUAAUUAGUGAAUUAACACAUAAACGUUUAUGUGUGGGAAGUGUUAAAAGUUAAGUGGAUGUUGGAAGGAUAGGAUACAUGAAAGGGAAAAAUUCCAGGAAAAAAUAUGUAAAUUUAAGUGAUAAUCAUACACUGUAAUUUCUGAAGGAAGGAGUGUGUGGAGUAAUUUGGGAACCAUUGAAUUACAUGGAUUACUGUCAUACAAUAAACACUAAACACUAAAUUAACAAACUGUAGUUGUCCAUGCAUGUUAUAUUUAUUUAUGCUUUAUCUGAUGCUGCUGUCAAUAGGUCACACAAUAUAAUGCUGAAUGGCAGGAUGAUUAGUGAAUAAUAAAUUUGAAAGAACAUGGAGAGAAAUGAUCUUACCUAAUUUGAGGUUACUCUCUUCGUAUUUACCUGCAGAGUUUCCAGAAAAUAAUAAAAAAUUCUGGUCAGGAUAGUCAGUACCCCAACCAAGAUUCAAACUGGGUAUAUCCAAAACACAACUGCCUGAAGUGGUUCACCCAGUUGUCCAUGACUGUUUUAAGCAUAUCAUUAUAUCUGUGGUUAUACACUGGAUCCCACUGUGGUAGCAUGUAUCUGAGACAAUUUAACAUCUCACAGAAGUCUUGGGCAUAACACUGUACUUACA